AUGGGAAAUUCGAGCAGCUCAAACAAGAUCUCGGCCCAGGAUAGGUUCGCGACACGGCCAGAGACACCCAGUGUAGUAUCAAGGCUGAUGCGUCGACAGGGCGAUUCUGGACCUGAAGAUCCAACGCGAUAAGCUACAUCAGUAUCAGAAACGAAUAUCGAUUGUAACGACUCGUGAAACCGAGAUUGCACGACAAUGUCUCCGAAGUGGAAAUAAGCAGAAAGCCUUGCUCGCUUUACGGAGAAAGAAGUAUCAGGAGUCAUUGCUCGCAAAGACAGACCAGCAACUGGCACAACUGCAAGCGCUCACGAGCGAUGUUGAAUUCGCGCUUGUGCAGAAGGAUGUGCUAUUUGGAUUGCAGCAAGGCACCGCAGUGCUGAAAGAGAUACAUAAGGAGAUGGGAGGCUUAGACAAAGUAGAAAUGAUUUUGGGCGAGAGCGAGGAAGCGCAGGCAUACCAAAAGGUGCGUUUUCUACACAACUGUGACAGACCGGCAUUGGUUGAUUGGACAACUUAGGAAAUCAACGAGAUGCUUAGUGGGAAGAUGUCCAACGAGGACGAAGACGAGGUAGAGGAUGAGCUUGAGGCGAUGGCACGUGAGGCCGAGGCGAGGGGCACCGUGAGCCUUCCGGACGCGCCUUCAGUAACAAAGAAUGAGCUCCCCGAUGCCCCUCAAGAGUCUCCCGAAGAGCGUGCGAGAAGACGAAGAAGAGAGAGGGCAUCAAGAGAGCAGGACUCAGAGCCAAUUGCAGCAUGA